GUGAGUGAUGAAGUGGGGUCUCCGUGUGCUGCAGGCCAGUGCAAAGGGAGAGGAUCCUUGUUGGGGGCCCUGUGGGGGAUGGAGUUGAGAAGCUAGCAUGGAGAAGGAGCAGGCGAUGCUGCAGGUCUGGAAGGAGCGUGUGGCUCACGAGCUUGACCGUGUGGUGGCUUUCUGGAUGGAGUACUCUCACGACCAAGAACACGGGGGCUUCUUCACGUGCCUUGGCAACGAUGGGCGGGUGUACGACCACCUCAAGUAUGUCUGGCUGCAGGGGAGGCAGGUAUGGAUGUAUUGUCGCUUGUACCGAAGUUUCGAGCGCUUCCGCCGCUCUGAGCUUCUGGACUCAGCAAAAGCAGGUGGCGACUUUUUGCUGCGCUAUGCCCGGGUGGCACCCCCUGGCAAGAAGUGUGCCUUUGUGCUGACCCGGGAUGGCCGUCCCAUCAAAGUACAGAGGACCAUCUUCAGCGAAUGUUUCUACACCAUGGCCAUGAAUGAGCUGUGGAGGGUGACAGGGGAAAUGCAUUACCAGAGCGAAGCUGUGGAGAUGAUGGAUCAGAUCGUCCACUGGGUGCGGGUGGACCCUGCUGGGCUGGGCCGGCCUCAGCUGUCAGGGACCCCGGCCACGGAGCCCAUGGCGGUGCCCAUGAUGCUGCUCAACCUGGUGGACCAGCUCGGAGAGGCAGACGAGGAGCUGGCCCGCAAGUACGCCGAGCUGGGGGACUGGUGUGCCCAGAGGAUUCUGCGGCAUGUCCAGAGGGAUGGACAAGUUGUGCUGGAAAAUGUGUCAGAAGAUGGCAAGGAACUCCCUGGUUGCCUGGGAAGACAGCAGAAUCCAGGUCAUGCACUGGAGGCUGGCUGGUUCCUGCUCCGGCAUGCCAUCAGGAAAGGUGACCUUGAACUUCGAGCCCACGUUAUUGACAAGUUCCUCUUGCUGCCUUUCCACUCUGGAUGGGACCGUGAGCAUGGAGGCCUCUUCUACUUCCAGGAUGCUGAUAACCUGUGCCCUACCCAGCUGGAAUGGGACAUGAAGCUCUGGUGGCCACACAGCGAAGCCAUGAUUGCCUUCCUCAUGGGUUACAGCGACAGCGGGGACCCUUCCUUGUUACACCUCUUCUACCAGGUGGCUGAAUAUACCUUCCACCAGGUCAUCACGCUGGAGUGGGUCCUGUCCACACUAGCUGUCACUGUCUCGUUCCAGUUUAGAGAUUCCGAGUACGGGGAAUGGUUUGGCUACCUGAAUCGAGAGGGAAAGGUGGCCCUCACCAUCAAGGGAGGUCCUUUCAAAGGCUGCUUCCACGUGCCCCGGUGCCUAGCGAUGUGCGAGGAGAUGCUGGGCGCCCUGCUGAACCGCCUCGCCCAGGCUCCAGUCGCCACCGGCUGCCCACCCACGCUGUCCGCCCACGAAGACGAGAAAUAAAGAUGACCCUGCUCCA